CCCAGACAUAUUCACAAUGGGUUCUGCCUUCGUGGACAGCACCUUUGCGACAACUGUGCAUUGUCUGAUGCCGAAUCUGUGUUGAAUCCAAAGCUAUCUGGCCUCACGCGAAUUGGCGUGCUGAAUCGUCGGACCGACGAGCACUGUGACACCAACUCUGUUCCAGGAGUCGAUGCAGCGAUGACGUCCGUUGCCAGUGGGAGUGCUGUUUCACCAAGCGCAAACUCGCCAGUGACAAGCACAAUACAGCUGCAGGCGCAGCUUCAGACUCCAUCGCAUUCACAAUCAGGCACCAGCUUUCAACAGCAGCCGCAGCAGCAUCGAGGUCAGUUGUCGACAGAGGACGAGGCGGAUGGCGAUGAUGAAGACGGCGAUGCGGAAGAGGAAGAGGACGACGAGGGUGCAGAGGGCGGCACGGACCUCCUGCAAGAGCAUACCAUCAAAUCCGGGUAUUUGUGGAAGAAGGGUGAAAAGAGAAAGACCUGGAAAAAGCGGUGGUUCGUUCUGAGAGCAUCCAAGCUGGCCUAUUACAAGAAUGAGAAGGAGUACCAGCUACUUCGCUUGAUCGACAUGUCAGAAGUGCAUGCGGUCGCCUCUGUCGAGCUAAAGAAGAACGAGAAUUCCUUUGGCAUCGUCACCCCGAAGAGAACGUACUACGUGAAAACAGGCUCUCGGAGGGAUAUGCAAGACUGGAUCCAGCAUCUCAACGAUGUUAAGACGCAAAUUGCGCAGUCUGCUACGCUGACGCAGGAUUUGGCAAAGACGACGUUGAGCCCGAUGACACAGCAGGACCCAACACAAGUCGCGGUCCCUGGAAUUGGCGUCUUUCACUCUCCAGCGCAGCCACGGCCAAUACCCAGCGGCUCUCGUAUGUCGCCGCCAUUGGGAGCGGCUGCUUUCUCGCCUUUGACGGCAACUAGUGACAGCGACGUUUCAGAGGCCCAAAAGUUCGGUCUCAGCUACGCGAGCUCCUUUGGCCAAUCAGUCCUGGGUAGCUCACCAGCGCGGACGACAGCUAGUGCUGGCCCUGUGCAAAGCACCGCAGACCGCCUCUCUAGCGGCGGCUAUUCGCCUUCUACGAGUCAUUCGGGUGCUGAAGGAUCCGAUCAGCGCUUGAACAGGUCGGCGAGCAUGUCGCGACGCGAUCGCUCGGUGAGCGAGAGCGGCGGCGAGCGGCUCACGCUACCAGGCCAAGCGACUUUCAGUGGCGGUGGUGCUAGCAGCGCUGCCGGGAUGGUCAGCUCGUCGGAAGAGGAGGAAGAGUGGGACGAGGAGGAAGGUGCGGAUCGGGCGAUGCCGCUACCGGCUUUGGCUGCCGGCGGCAUCACCUACGCGCCCACGAAUUUGGAUUUUGCCGAACAGGUCGCCAAGCAGCAGAUGCCAGGGCAGUUGCCGGAUCUUGGCAGCUCUCCCGCUGCACUGACCACAGCAGGAGCCGCGGCGAAUGGAGCCAAUGCUGGCGGCAGUGGCUCGGACUUUCUGCGUGACCCGAGCCGGGUCAUCCUGCAAGGCUACCUCAUGAAGCAGAGCAAUCGGCGGAAACAUUGGCGAAAGCGAUGGUUCGUGCUCACCAGCUCGAAGCUAAUGUACACACGCAGUCACAUGGAUGCGAAAGCACAUCGGCAAAUACCCGUCGCGUCUAUCCUGGACGCGAUUGAGUACGAGUCCAAAAAGGCAGCGAAGGACACUAGCAGCACCCUGUCUUCACCGACAUCUGUAGUCAAGACGUUCAAUUUUGGCUCGUUUGGAGAAGCUGGCGAGUCCUCUGCAUAUGGAGAAGGCGAUGUAGAAGGCGAAGUACCUGGAAGCGGGCUUAGCGGGGCUUCAGGCACGGUUGGAGGGUCUGGUGGAAGCGGCGGAGGUGGGCUCGCAGGAUGCGGUGCACCGGCCAUCGAGCGCCGGAACAGCGUGAUUGCAGCAGCAGGCAGUGUCGCAUCCUCGGUUGGCGCAGGUGUCGGCGCUGCGAUCAGUGGCAGCGGCGUGGGCGGCAGCGGCAGGAAGCGCAAGGAGAACUGCUUCCGGAUCAUCACACCCAAGCGCAACUUCCUCAUCUGCGCUCCAAGCGAGGAAGAGGAGAUCAAAUGGCUCUCCACGCUGCAAACGCUCAUCAGUCGCGUGCGAGACGCGCAGAAUGAAAAGGAGCAGGAGCGGGACCGUCUUAAAAGGCAGCAGUCGCAGAAGGGCUCGCGGCUAAUCGGAACAACGGUGCAGGGCUUCAAUGUCGGCUCGCCGCUACCGCCCCCUGCGCAUCAACAACAGCACCAACAACAAUCUUCAGCUGCGGCGGGUAGUGCAGCUGUGUCCGUGCCCAAGCGGACGCGUUCGACGAACAACGCGCCCGCAAGCGCGCUGCCUGUCGAAGGCGAACAACAACGAUCGUGAUCACACCGAGCGAACAUUUUCUUCCGUGCAAACAUAUCUACGCUUCACGUCUUGCUAAUGAAAGUCACUCAUCUUCCAAUGAGAGUGGUACGCACAAUUGUAUUCCCCUAUUUCAUUUGCUAUAUCGCCUUGCAUCAUGAUCCUCAUCUGCAACACUCUCGUUAAGGAAAAUGCGCAGCUCUACACUUCGUCGAGUGUCAAACGCGUAUACAGUAAUUUCUAUUGCUUUCCCACCUGUCUUUCCGCCAAGACCUUUUCUUGCCUUGUCUUCGCCGCCUUGU